AUUAAUACGGUUAACCCCUAUCAAAGUUCUUUCCUGUGGGAUCCAUGGAUCUUUGAUAUCCCAGUUGCUUUCAAACCUACAUUUAUCAAUAUGGAUAUGGAUCUUGUGCAUCUCAGUAUUUCUAAUCUUACUUUAAAUGAUCAAUGGGACUUUUUCUCUCUGAAUGCUCUUUUCGGUCUUGCUUCUGAGGAUCUUCAUCCUCGUUUGCCCAACAUUGACUAUAAUUCUGAUUCUCAUUGGGUUUGGGAUCCUAAAUCUAAUUGUUCUAGAAUUGCAUCGGCUGUUUAUCAUCAUCUUAACCGUCUUAGUUCAUCCUCGGAUGGCUGGAUUGGUUGGCACCUCAUUUGGCUUAUUCCCAUCGCUCCUAGGUUAAAAAAUUUUAUUUGGAUGUGCUUCAAAGGCCGGCUUCCCACCUAUGCAUUCCUAUCUAAUAUGGGCAUUGGUCCUGAUAACCCCUGUGUUCUUUGCAAUCUUCAUCGCGAGACUAUUGACCAUUUAUUUUAUCAUUGCCCUCAUGCUCUUCGUGUCUGGGCUAUGAUAAACUCCUUGGACAAUCAAUGCAUUUCGUUUCCGGAGGAGUUCUCCACUGGUUCUUGGCUAAAAGAUUGCAGUUAUUCACAACAUACUCAGGCUUCUAUCGUCGCUGGCGCCUGGUUCAUUUGGGUCUCUCGUUGUAACAUUAUUUUUAAGAAUCAUUGCCCGAAUCAUUCCUCUGUCGUCCACAAGGCCAUUGCUCAUGUUCGUGAAUUUGAAUGGUGUAUUGCCCAGUCUCAAUUUGUCAAUUCCUCGGAUAUCCUCUUUGCUCUGGAAGUCGCCUUGCAAAUCUCUCUAGACCUCAAUUAUCACAUCAAGCACAUUUUCAGCGAUCAUUUGGAUCUCUUCAAAAUUAUCAUGAACCCGGAUUUGUCGGUCUCUUGGCAAUUUCAUCCUCAAAUCUCCAAUGUUAAAUUCCUGCUAGACAUGUUCGGCUGCCCUAAGUUACACUCCAUUCCUUCUGCGUGGAUGCUUCCUGCUAUUAAUCUUGCUUCCAUUGGUUUUAAUUUUCAUCAUCUUAAUCUCUUCCUUGACGGUAGGGAUUUGCCCUACUGGAUUAUGCGUUCCUUUAAAAAGCUUGGUUUUGUUUUUUAAUUCCCUGUUUUUCUUCUCUCUUGUUUGCUGGUCAGUUUCUGUUGUAUUAGCUUUGCCUUAUCCUUUUAAUGUUAUCAGCUUCUCAGUUGAGAGGUUCUUUUUAAAAAAAAAAAAAAAAUGAGGAGGCAUCCACCCAGGGCACAAGUUAGCCGAUUCAGUGUCCAAGUUCACUCAGGGUUACCCUUCUUCCUCCUGGAGGUUCACAUCUAGUUUUGUUAGCAAUCCAUCCCUAGUGGAUCAACCUAUGCUUGUG